UGGCGUUCCAGUAACAGGGUGGGCGGCGACGGGUCAGGUGCUCUUCCCUGGGACUCCCGGCAGGUGAGCCUACGGGGAUUCGGGACCCGCCGGCGUCCCUUGCUCCCGGCCAGCUCCCUGGCCCUAACGCUCCGGAACCGACCGACCACAGCGCCGAUUACGUUAUGCUGAGCUGAUCAAGGACUUUGAAAAUGAUUCCAAAGUUUCUCGUGCUGUCUUGCACACUGGCUGCCCUAACUCAUUCAACUACAUUUUCUCUCCAGCCAGAACAGCAGAAGGUUCUAGUGGUUUCCUUUGAUGGAUUCCGCUGGGAUUACUUAUAUAAAGUUCCGACACCUUAUUUUCAUUAUAUCAUGAAAUACGGUGUUCAUGUGAAGCAGGUCACUAAUGUCUUUAUCACGAAGACCUACCCUAACCAUUACACUCUGGUCACUGGUCUCUUUGCAGAGAAUCAUGGGAUUAUUGCAAAUAGCAUGUUUGAUCCUAUUCUGAACAAAUCUUUCUCUUUGGAGCACAUGGACAUUUAUGAUUCUGAGUUUUGGGAAGAAGCCACACCCAUAUGGAUUACCAACCAAAAGGCAGGGCAUGCUAGUGGUGCAGCCAUGUGGCCAGGAGCAGACGUAAGGAUCCAUGAGACGUUCCCUACCCACUACCUACCUUACAAUGAGUCUGUUUCCUUUGAAGACAGAGUUGCCAAAAUCAUUGAAUGGUUUACAGCCAAAGACCCCAUCAACCUCGGUCUUCUCUACUGGGAAGAGCCUGAUGACACAGGCCACGAUGUGGGACCUGACAGUCCCCUCAUGGGGCCCGUCAUUUCAGAUGUCGACUACAAGUUAGGGUAUCUGAUAAAAAUGCUGAAAAAGGCCAAGUUAUGGAAUAACGUGAACCUAAUCAUCACGAGCGAUCAUGGAAUGACCCAAUGCUCUAAGCAGAGGGUGAUAGAACUGGACCGCUAUCUGGAUAGAGACCACUAUACCCUGAUCGACCACUCGCCUGUAGCUGCCAUCCUGCCAAAAGAAGGGAAGUUCGAUGAAGUCUAUGAUGCCCUGGCUGGUGCCCAUCCUAAUCUAACAGUCUACAAAAAGGAGGAAAUACCAGAACGAUGGCACUACAAGCACAGUGAUCGAGUUCAGCCAAUUGUGGCCGUGGCCGAUGAAGGGUGGUAUAUUUUGCAGAAUAAGUCAGACGAUUUCAUGUUAGGCAACCAUGGUUAUGAUAAUGCAUUAGCAGAAAUGCAUCCAAUAUUUUUAGCCCACGGUCCUGCCUUCAGAAAGAAUUUCACAAAAGAAGCCAUGAACUCCACAGAUCUGUACCCGCUGCUCUGCCACCUCCUCAAUAUCACCGCCCUGCCACACAAUGGAUCAUUCAGGAAUGUCCAGGAUCUCCUCAGUUCAGCAACUCCAAAAGUUACUCCUUACACACAGAGUACUACACACAAGCCAGGCGAGUAUGAACCAGAGGAGUCCUACCCUUAUUACAUAGGCAUCUGUCUUGGCAGCAUUAUAGUCGUCGUAUUCUUGGUAGUUCUCGUUAAGCAUUUAAUUCAGAGCCAGGUGCCUACUUUACAGUAUAUGCAGGUGGAAGUUGCUCAACCAUUGCUGCAAGCGUAGUGCUUCUUUAACACGGAAUGGCAUUUCGAAGUAGAGGUUGCAAAAUUCUAUCAAUGGUGAACCUCCAACUUCUAGGAAGCUAAUUCCUAGACAUCUGCACAGGCCAUCAAGCAGUUACUCUCGGGCACACUCACACCUACCUACAUACACACAGACAGAUCCAAACGCUCCUGUGUGCACACGAUCAAAGAUGUCGGUGAGAGUACAUCUCCCCUGCUUCCUGUGGUUUAGGGGGUAGAUCCUGCUGUACUGGGGUUGGCAUGUGGGUACAGUGUACAGACUUAACAGCUUUGCACUUUUGACAGUACCUCACACGUUGCACUUUCCUAUCCCACGAGGUACCUUUCUCUGAAGUGCACUUUAUCACUAUGCGUAGUAACUCGGUUGACAAUGACAACCUUUUGCAUCUCUAUCACCAAAUACUAGCAUUUCCUGUACAGACGGAGGGAAAUUUCGAGCAAUUCUCGAAUUAUGUAGAAAUCUGUCUCCUUGAAUGGGAGGAGGAAGAGAAAGUGAAGGCAUUGAAAACUUGAGGGGACCAAGUUUGUGGCCUGCCUGUUGGAGAGAUGCAUUUCCAGCAGCAGGUUGCCUUGUGGGUAUUUCUAGUUCCGUCUCCUCACCAAGGAGCAAAGUUUUCAUUUACUUCUUUCCUCUGGUAGAUUCAAACACUGAAAUAUGCAUUCUAAAGCUCUUCCCAUUAAUCGUUGCUUCUUGUUGAUGAGUCCUAGUCCUGACUCCAUCACUAGGAUGCCAUGCUCUAGACCUCCUUUCUGUAUAGUGUAGCAGGGGUCCGAAGGGCAGAGACCAGGCACCGUCUCUGCAGUGUUUUUAUUCUGCCUGUCAUUAUUCGCAUAUUUGCUAAUAACGCUAUUAAUCACAUUAAAAAUCAAGUGAGAUUUAAAAAAACA